AUGCCGAGCGAAAUAAUGGCUGUACAGUUCGGUCAGUGCGGGAAUCAAAUAGGUGAUGCCUUUUGGCGUUCGUUAUGUGCCGAACAUGGAAUUGACUGUAAAGGCGUUCCUAUUCAAGCUGAUUGUAAGAUGGACUUGAAAAGCAUCUUUUUCUAUCAGGCUGAUGAUGAUCGUUAUGUCCCACGUGCUGUUUUGGUCGAUUUAGAGCCACGUGUAAUAAAUGGUAUUGUUAGUUCUGAGUAUCGUUCUUUCUACAAUAGAGAGAAUAUUUUUAUGUCCAAAAGUGGUGGUGGUGCUGGCAACAAUUUCAUUAGUGGCUACAAACAAGGAAAACAAGCAGAAGAGGAUGUUUUUGAUAUUCUUGAUCGAGAAGCUGAAAACAGUGAUUGUCUUGAAGGUAUCCUGUUAUGUCAUGCAAUAGCUGGUGGUACUGGCUCAGGAAUGGGAUCUUAUGCAUUGGAGAGGAUAAGUGAUAGGUUUCCGAAGAAACUAGUUCAAACUUAUUCAGUUUUCCCAGUUAUGACAAAAGGAUCAGCUAGUGAUGUGGUUGUUCAACCAUAUAAUUCCAUCCUUACAUUAGCAAGACUAAUCGAAUACCCAGAUUGUGCAGUUGUUUUAGAUAAUACAGCGUUACAUCGAAUUGCUAAUAAAUUUAUAUCUGACACUGAUGCGUCGUUUUAUCACAUCAAUUCCAUGGUUUCUCGCAUAAUGUGUACUGCAACAGCUACCUUAAGAUUUCCUGGUCCUAUGAAUACACGUUUGCUCAAUUUUAUUGCUCCUCUGACUGCUUAUACACCAAUGCGAUUUGUUUUAAAAAUUUCAUGUUUCACACCUCUUCGAGAUGGCGAUGCUCCUGUGACAAAAACUUCGGUUAAUGAUGUCCUCCGCCGUCUACUUCAACCUAAAAAUAUGAUGAGUAGUGCUGUAAUGGAGAAAGAGGUUGAUCACUGUGUGUUGUCUGCGUUGGCUAUCCUUCAAGGUAGAAUUAACUCAGCAGAAAUUUUCUCCUCUAUGCUGAAUUUUAGGUUUGCACCCUGGGGCUGCGGUUCCUUGAAUAUAACUCAAUGCCAUGCUUCACCUUAUUUACCAGUAACUAAUAGAGUUUCGGGACUCAUGCUUUGUAAUCAUACCAAUACAGCGAGUAUUUUCCAAAACACCCUAGACCAGUGCGAACUACUUCUAAAAAAGAGAGCAUAUUUGGAUCAGUUUAUGAAAGAAGAUCCCGAUGUGAUGGAGAUGUUAAAUAAUUCAAUUGAACUUGUCAGGGAAACAGUACAAACAUACAGAAAUGCGACAACACGGGAUUUUGUUGCCAGUUAA